CCACGGUAGCGGGUAGCCCACCGCCGCAAGCAUCUCCACUCCUCCCCUCCCCUCCGCCGCGCUGGGCAAGGGCCGGCUCCACAGCCCCUUUCUAUAAAUCAAUCCGCGGAAUCCCCUCCACACCCACCUACCGUCCUCGCCCUCGCCCCCCGCACCCACUUUCCCCAAGUCCACUUCUUGCCCUCACCCUCCCUUCCGUCGCUUCCUUCCUGCGCAAUCAUCGCGGCCGGUCUCUUCUCCUCCCUCUGCUCGCCGAUCGAGCGCGCGAUGGACGGCGACUACGUCUCCGGCCUGCUCAUGGGCUCCGCGGGGCUCGACUUCGGCGUGCCGGGCCUCGACGCCGGCUUCUUCGAGACGCUCUGUGGCGCCGGUGGCGCUGGCGCCGCGGGGCUCGCGGCGAUGUUCGGGGACCGGGCGGCCGGGAUGCCCGGCUUGGGCGGCGGCGGUCAGUUCGGGGCCGCGGAGGGGACCGGCGGCUGCGAGCUCGGCGCCGCGUCCAGGGAGGGCUCCUCCGUCUCCGACCCGGCGUGGGCGUACGGCGCGAAUGCCAGGAAGCGGAAGGCGCCGGCCGCGGGCGCCGGCAAGGGCAAAGAGGCCGCGUCCUGUUUCGCCAAGAUGGGAGAGCCGACGGGGCCGGACUCGAAGAAAUGCAAAAUUGAGGAGGAGACUGUGAGGCCCAAGGUGGAGGAGGAGGCGGCCACGGCCAGCGAUGGGUCGGCCGGCGGGGAGCGAGGCCGCAAGCAGGCCAAGGGCAAGGGCUCCAAGUCCAAGCAGCCGGCGGCGGACGAGCCGCCCAGGGACUACGUCCAUGUCCGGGCCAGGAGAGGCCAGGCGACCGACAGCCACAGCCUUGCUGAGAGGGUCAGAAGAGAGAAGAUCACCCUCAAGAUGAAGAUGCUCCAGGACCUGGUGCCAGGAUGUAACAAGGUGAUUGGCAAAGCCCUCAUGCUCGAUGAGAUCAUAAACUAUGUUCAAUCGCUGCAGCAGCAAGUCGAGUUCUUGUCCAUGAAGCUCUCGACCGUGAACCCGCAACUUGACUUCGACACCUUGUCUAACCUCCUACACAAAGAUAUGAACCAAGCACUUGACCCCUCGGCGAGCACGGUGUUUCCAUUGGAGAGUGCUGGCACGGUGUACCCAUUGUGUGACCAAGCAGACCUUUACCAGUCCUUCAGUUCGGGUGCUAUGGAGAACCAAUGCUCCAUGGGUCUGUUAGACAUGGCUCUACCGCACGCACCGCAGUACCCUUUUCAAAAACAGCAGGAUUUCUGGGAGGCGAGUGCGCAAAAUGGGCUCCAUAUGGACCACGAGCAAAGCCAGGAGAAUGCAGGUUCGGCACCGAAUUUCGAUGGUCAGCUACAAGCAGCAGAUCAUCCAGAGAUUGAGUUCUAGACGAUCACAGGAUCACUGAUAAUCACCAAGGCCCAUAUUUUUGUACAUAAGAAAAGUAUGGCGAGUGAAGCUCCUAAGCUAACGGUCUUUUGACUUCCGGACUGAGAACUGAUUUGAUCAUCCACAUCCGAUGCCGAAUGGUACCAAGACGGCCGGUAUCGUGGAUACUAGAAAGAAUCCCGGCUGAACUACCAUCCUGCUUGAUUCUUCUCGUGUCGAUGAGAUCAUAUGGUCUCGAAAAGUAGUAAAUCACGUACUUAGAUAUGGUGAAAAUAUUUAGAAUCACCAUAAUCUCUCCUAAUGUGUAAGAACUCGGCGGAUAUUGGGACGAUACUACUACCGUGUACUUCUAUUUUGCAUUUGUCGUGGAAAUGGCAAUUAUGGACA